CCUAGUUAAAAAGCGCUCUAUAUUCAAAGCUAUUGCCGUGCAAGAUUUUGUUCGCUUUAGAAAAUGGACAAAUAUUUGAUAAAACAACAGCAGGUAACAACCAAUGAGCACCAGGAGGAUGAAAGUGACUCAGAUGGUAGUCCAGAUGAAGCCACAUGCAGCAAAACUACAAAAAAGUACCAGCAGAAAUUGCGAGGAGCGUGGUUAGCAGAUAAACGCUUACAAAAUUGGCUUGUUCAAGAUGGAGCCUACGUUCGUUGUAAGUAUUGUAACUGUCGUCUUAAACCAAAAGUGUAUGGACUCCUAAAGCACGCGAAAAGCAUGAAGAACCUUGCUGCAGCUUCUCCAUUUGCGAGUGGAAACCAGACGAAACUUACAUACAAAGCGAUAGUGAGUGACGAGACCUGCAAGGCUGAGCUAGCGAAUGCAUUAUAUGUAGCAUCACAUACUUCGAUUAGGAUUAUUGACCACUUGACACAGCUUCAAAAAAAUGUUUUUCAAGAUAGUUUAAUUGCCAAAAAUAUGCAACUACGGCGAACAAAAUGUGGUGGUGUGAUAAAAAAUGUCUUAUAUCCCUACUUUAAAAAUAUCUUAAUGGAAGACAUAGGCAAAAAUAAAUUCAGUUUAAUCAUAGAUGAGUCCACCGACAUUUCCGUCAAGAAGUAUUUGAGUAUUGUCAUCCGUUAUUAUAGCGCUAAUAAUGGCAGCAUUGUGAACACAUUUUUUGAAACUGCAACAUUUAACUGA